CCUUCUCGCAGCUCCACUUCACAGAGAGAGGAGAGGGAGAGAGGAGAGGAGAGGAGAGAGAAAACUUAAAAAUGGUGUCUUUGAAGCUUCAGAAGCGGCUCGCCGCCGAUAUCCUCAAGUGUGGUCGUGGCAAGGUCUGGCUUGAUCCUAAUGAAGGAAAUGAAAUUUCCAUGGCUAAUUCCCGCCAAAACAUCAGGAAGCUUGUUAAGGAUGGGUUUAUCAUCAGGAAGCCUACCAAUAUUCAUUCCAGGUCUCGAGCUCGUCGUAUGAAUGAGGCCAAGAGGAAGGGUCGUCACUCUGGAUACGGUAAACGUAAGGGUACCAGGGAGGCUAGGCUUCCAACCAAGGUUUUGUGGAUGAGGAGGAUGAGAGUUCUUAGGAGGUUGCUCUGUAAGUACCGAGAGUCAAAGAAGAUUGACAAGCACAUGUACCAUGACAUGUACAUGAAGGUCAAGGGUAAUGUUUUUAAGAAUAAGAGAGUAUUGAUGGAGAGCAUUCACAAAACCAAGGCUGAGAAGGCUAGAGACAAGACCUUAUCUGACCAAUUUGAGGCUAAACGUGCUAAGAACAAGGCUAGCAGGGAGAGGAAACUCGCCAGAAGAGAAGAGCGUUUUGCACAGGGACCUGGUGGUGAAGCACCCACACCUGUAGCAGCUGCAGUACCAGAAGCUGUUCCAAAACAAACACAGCCAAAGAAAGCAAAGAAGUGAAGCGAUAGUGGUUGAGACCUGACAAGGAAGGCUAGGGUGGUCUAUGGACCUGGUUGUUUUGUAGCAUAGUAGUACCUUUUUUGCAGCUAAUAUGUUUCGUGGAUCUUGUUAUGUUGCGACUGAGAUAGAGAUUUUUGAUAAUCCUGAUACUCGGUUUGAAAUGUACUACUUUUUUUUUCACAUGUUAAUUUUGGUUUCUUAUUUUCCA